AUUACACUUUGGAGCACUAUUAUAUGUCCCUCUCCCUCCCUCUCACUCUUCCCCUCUCUCUCUCCUCACUGUAGCUGCAGUUACUCUCUCUGCUUCGGAGCUUCGCUUCAGAUCUGAUCCCAACAACCAGAAUUUGGAGAUACUCAUCUUAGAGAACUAAGAGAACAUGGGUCGUGGAAAUAGCAGUGGCGGGGGCCAAAGUUCAUUGGGUUAUCUUUUUGGCAGUGGAGAGGCUCCCAAGCCAGCCACAAACAAAGCUGCUGCUCCUACAAAUGAAGUGCGGGCUGUGAAUGAUGUGCCUGCCUCCAAACCUACUGCGGCUCCUCCUCAGCCGGUAGAUGUUAGCAAGCAGAUUCCUGCUGGUAUCAACAGUACUUCUACCAACAACUACAUGCGAGCGGAUGGUCAGAACACUGGCAACUUCAUCACGGAUCGGCCCUCAACUAAGGUCCACGCUGCUCCUGGUGGUGGAUCUUCUCUGGAUUACCUCUUUGGUGGACCAGGUGGUGGUGGUAACUGAGAUAUGCCCUCGUCGUAACUGAAGUGUUCAUUGAUUUUUGUGGAAUUAUCUACUUUAGAUGAAGGGUCGUUUUCGUAUAAUCAGAUAAUAUCUGGACUUGCAAUGUAAUAUAUAGUUGUGAUGGUUGUUGGGAUUGUUCAAUCAAAGAGCACUCUUCUUUAGAUGCUUAAGACAUUUGCUACACAGCAUUUGGUGUGGACAAAGUGACAUUUCCUAGUGCAUAGUCGUUGUUCACAAUCUGUUUCGUAUGUUUUGUUUGGCAGUAGGGAAACUCUGCCCAAUGCAAUUUUUCUUUGCUCUCGUUCA